AUGGCUCAACUACAAUGCUUUAGGAUUUUGGUAGCUCUAUCUCUUGUAGUGAAUAUCGCUACGCACAGUUGGGUAGAGCGACUAUAUGUAACAAAGGGGGGUGAACCAAUCGAGCCACCCGGCUACCCCCGCGGAAAUGUUUUACGCACACCAUCUUUUAGAGAUGAGGAUAUGACAUAUCGCCUCCCUCCUGCAGAGCGCAACGAAAUUUGGCAAAGUGAUCUCGCAUGCAAAUCUAGUCAGAUAACGUACAACCAGACAACCGGAAGUCCAAGUCUUCGUGCACAACCAAACGAUACUGUGAUACUUCUCUACCAGGAAAAUGGGCAUGUCACCAAGGUAGCAGAUGAUCCUGGUCAUGCGACUUCUGGGACAAUUGCAGUAUUUGGUACGUUGCACUCAUUGCCUACUGACACCCUGCAGUACCUCGCACUACCUAAAGACGAUGGAGGGGCAUACGAUCUGCUAGAACUGGCUAGUUAUGAUGACGGGUUAUGUUAUCAGGAUAACAAGACGCCUAUUGCCCUUGAACGGCAAUCUUUACAUCAUCGACCUUCUCUUCCUGAGGAAGGGACAGAUGUCUGGUGCGGUAUAACCAUUCAACUGCCCAAACAUGUUCAAAAGGGUCAGAUUUAUACUUUGGUGUGGGUCUGGAACUUCCAGGGAAUCGGGUUUGAUGAAGUAUACACAACGUGCAUAGAUAUUAUUAUGUAUUAG